AUGGCAUCCGGAAUCUAUCGCCUCCUCUCCUUCGUCUCGGCGAACCGAGAAAGAUACCAAAACCGAGCGAUGGGAGCGAAAACCAGUAGCAAUCAUCCCCAAGACACAUACGAACCCUCUAUCCUUCUUAUCGUCGCCGGCGGCACGAUCUGUAUGCAAGAUUCGGAGGACGGCCUCGUAACAUCGACAUUAUUCCUCGAUGAAUGCCUCUCUGCGAAGCCGGUCUUUAAUGACGGGACGCCUUGCCCAACCUAUCGUGUGAUCGACGAGCACGGGGUGGAGCGCGAAGCGCCGAGUUUACGCUUACCACGCGACCGUAAUGGCGCGAACGUGAGGUGUACUGUGCUUGAAUUCAACCCGCUUCUGGACAGUUCGACCGCACAUUCACCGACGUGGAAUCAGCUCGCGCGGACGGUGCGCUCCAACGAGGCCAAUUUCGACGCGUUUGUGAUUUGCCAUGGCACGGAUACGCUCGCGUAUACUUCUGCAGCGCUGUCUUAUAUGUUGAUGCCAAACCUGGAUAAGACGGUUGUCCUCACCGGAGCCCAGAGGAGUAUGUUCUUCGCGGAUAGCGAUGGUUCCGAUAAUCUACUCGGCUCGAUUGUGUUAGCAAGUCACCUGCGCAUCCCAGAAGUCUGUGUGUAUUUCGGCCACAAGCUCCUCCGCGGGACGAGGAUAACCAAGAUCAGCGCUUCCAGCUACUCAGGCUUCGAAUCACCCAACGCCGGUCCGCUCGCAACAGUCUCAGAGACGGGUAUCGUCGUUCACUGGGACAAUCUCCAACACCCCGAACCCAACCACGCCACCAACACCUCCUCUCAACCCAAGCAUUCAAAAGCCCUCGCAGAGAUGAACAGCGCCUCCGUCGUGGUAAUAAAAAUCUACCCCGGCCUCACGCCCUCCCUCCUCACCACAAUCCUCACCACACCCUCCAUCCGCGGCGCGGUGCUGGAAACCCUCGGCGCGGGAAACAUCCCCCUCGACUUAAUCCCCGCGCUGCAGAGCGCUGUAAACCGCGGCGUGAUCAUCGUCAACGUCACACAAUGUCUCCACGGAUCGGUCUCUUCGGCAUACGAGCCCGCGCGGAAACUCGUCGAAGCAGGCAUCCAACUCGGAUACGACAUGACGACCGAGGCGGCGUUUACGAAACUCGUGUAUAUCCUCGCAGCACAAGACAAAUCCUCCUCCCCGGCAGAGGACUUGAGGGGCAUGGUCUCGAAGAAUUUGAGGGGAGAAUUGACGCCGCCGGAUUUGGCGAUUGAGGGGAAUGGCGGGCCGUUGAGUAUUGCGCAGUUGCCGAUAAGGUAUGAGAGGACUAUGAAUGGGGGGUCGGGGCCGGGGAUGGGGCAUUUGAGUUUGGAUUUUGGGGUGAGGCAGCAUUUGUGA